AUGGCUUCUCCUACUUCAAACUUCAGAGCUGCUCUUUUUGGAAUCAUUACGCUCGUGGCGAUCGUUGGAAAUACACUUGUAGCUUAUGUGUUGAUUAAGCGCCGUAAAAUUCUUCUCAAAAACCGUGCGACGUAUCAAUUUAUUCUCAACUUAACUAUUUCGGAUCUCGUCAUUGUGGUGUUUUUUUGCCCGUUUGAAUUUACGCAAGAACUAUGGGGCUUAUGGAAAUUUGGUACCAUUAUGUGCAAGGUUGUUGAGUACCUUCAAAUUUCCGCCUCCGGCACGGCAGUUAUUACUCAUGCAUUGAUUGCGAUAGAACGAUACCGGUCGUUGGCACAUCCUCAUCUCCCAAGACUCAAAGAAAAGCUUGUUAGACAAAUGAUAGCCCUGUCCUGGAUUAUCCCGGCUAUCGUGUCUACUCCAUUUCUUUACAUGUUUCAAGUAAAGACAAGUGUCGGUCAUCAGAAAGCCUUCCAAGGAACGUGCACGCCGUUUGCCAUUCCAGUGCCGUGGCUAGACAAAUGUUAUGAAGCAUGUGAGUUUCUUGUGAUAUUUUUCUCUCCUUGCUGUGUCAUAUGCUGGUGUUACUACCAUGUAAUCACUUUGACAAUUAUUAGUCCAGGUGAAGUGCAGAUACCGACGGCCGGACGAGCUCUUCAACAGAGCAAAAAGCGUGUCACAAAAACGGCGUGCUUAAUAGUGGUCGCUUUUCUAAUAUGCUGGUCGCCAACAUUUGUUUUGAGCAUUUGGCGAAUUGCUUCUGGGACGGAAAGUAUUUAUCAAGGACAUUUACUCUAUGAGAUUGCCUUGUUUGGAGGACUUAUCAAUGAGGCCACAAACCCUGUAAUAUACACCACAUUUGACAGGAACAUGACCGUUGGUCAGAGUAUCGGCUGUUGCCGGCAACGCAUUUGUCAUAGCUGUCUGAACGAAGGAACCCCAUCCAACCAUCAAAGCACAGAACAGAAUCGUCUUAGCUGUAGAACGUCUAUUAGGCAACUGGAUUUUGUAAACUGA